AUGUCGCUCAAACAACCUUUCUGGACACAUGCCAGCGCCGGAAACGCAGAAAACCACCCAACGGCCGCGAAACACCAAAUCGACGGGAUCUUCUAUCGCCCUACUGGAGAAGACACUUCAAGACUCCAUGAAAGAUUUACUUUCGCGGUUCCGACACCUACUUUGCAAAAUGGAAGAAAGUUCUACCCGAGUUUCGCUACAGUUCGCCUGCAAACCUCUGGGACUGCACGCGUCAGUCUGAUCUAUGUCUAUGAUGGGGAACGAGAGCUGUUCGGUCUCCGGUGGCCGGAUGUGGAUCUGAAGCUUCCAAACGUGGAUAAUAUUCGCUACAAGAUCCCAUGCAGAAAUGGCGGACCUCCAACAAUGAUGUACGGGAUAAAUAUCACGGUGUGCAUUCAGUUCGAUAAGGCGGGCACGGACGAUUGGGUGCGGUUCUAUAGUGUUGGGAUGGAUUUAUACAGCUGA